CGCAAAACGCCAUCUUUAAACCCCACAAGAGGCCAGUAGUCACAGUUGUAUUACCGGGGAUGAAAAAAGAAAAACACACAUUACAGCGGAAUAUAAGUUCAGAUCAUGCAGCUGCUAUGAUUACUCUCCGGCUAAGUAACCCAUAAGGAACUUGUCUGACGGGACUGUGAGGAGCUGGUCACUGGACACCACGGGAGCCUUAAAUAAGUGUUGUCACAGACAGGCAAUAACAAUAGACGGAAAGACGACAACAACAACGGACUAGCUAACUCGCUAGUACUGCGCUGAUUUCAAAUGCUAACUGAGAGCUAAGCUAAUAGCUACCUUCAUCAGCGAAAUCUUGUUCGGGCUGCGCUGCACAUUUGACCACACGCAGGUUACAGCAGGUUGCUAAGUAUCCAGCAGCACACACUUGGACUUGUGUUUCAUCUCUUUGCCACUUUUUUUAAAGCCAUUUUUUUUUUCAAGGAGUGAGAAUUACGUGGUGGCGCUAGUUAGCCGAGAGCUAAGUCCCGACUUCUCCCCCUUCCCCAGCGGCCCGGCCGGAGAUGCACGGAAGAUGUCGGUGUCGGGGCUGAAGGCCGAGCUGAAGUUUUUGGAAUCCAUUUUUGAUCCGAACCACGAACGCUUCAGGAUCAUUGACUGGAAACCCGAUGAGCUGAGCUGUCAGUUUAAUGUAACAGGAGAAAAGCUCUUAAUUAUCCACUGUAACAUAACGGAAUCUUAUCCAUCUACGCCUCCGAUAUGGUUUGUGGACUCUGAUGACCCGAGCUUAGCGCAAGUUUUGGAGAGGUUGGAAGAUGUGAGAAAAGGAAGCACCCUGCUUUUGCAGCAGUUGAAGAAACUCAUUUGUGACCUUUGUCGGCUGUACAACCUUCCCCAACAUCCAGAUGUGGAGAUGCUGGACCAACCCCUGCCUGCAGGCCCCGUGGGACAAGACCGAAAGCAUGGGACAGAGGAGGUCACAUCAGAAGAAGAAGAGGAAGAGGAGAUGGGAGAGGACAUAGAGGAUCUGGACCACUAUGAAAUGAAAGAAGAGGAGCCUGUGGACGGGAAGAAGUCUGAGGAUGAUGGCAUCGAGAAGGAGAAUCUGGCCAUCCUGGAGAAAAUCCGAAAGAACCAGAGGCAGGACCACUUGAAUGGAGCUGUGUCUGGUUCAGUGCAAGCUUCUGACCGCCUGAUGAAGGAGCUUAGAGAGAUCUACAGGUCUCAGAGUUACAAGACAGGUAUCUAUUCAGUCGAGCUUGUUAAUGACAGCCUGUAUGAAUGGCACGUCAAACUAAGGACGGUGGAUCCAGAUAGCCCCUUACACAGUGAUUUACAAGUCCUAAAGGAAAAGGAAGGAAUGGACUACAUUUUACUAAACUUCUCAUAUAAAGAUAAUUUCCCCUUUGAUCCUCCGUUUGUCCGGGUGGUUUCGCCAGUGCUUUCUGGGGGGUAUGUUCUUGGAGGAGGUGCCCUGUGCAUGGAACUUCUCACCAAACAGGGUUGGAGCAGUGCCUAUUCCAUUGAGUCUGUCAUCAUGCAGAUCAAUGCCACUUUAGUCAAAGGAAAAGCCAGAGUGCAGUUUGGAGCCAAUAAAAACCAGUACAAUCUCGCCAGAGCACAGCAGUCCUAUAAAUCCCUGGUUCAGAUCCAUGAAAAGAACGGCUGGUACACACCCCCUAAGGAGGACGGUUAAACAGACUCUUGCUUUCCUGCACUGGGACCACAUGUCAUUGAUUCUUAUUUUCUUGAGACCAAUAUUUUUUUUAAAUCCUGAAAACCAUUUUGUUCUCUACAUAAGAGUUUGAACUCCAAAGCAAAGUUCUCAUUCAGUGAACCCCCCCCCCCCCA